AAAAAGUCAAGCAAGUGUCACAUUGUAUAGUAUAAACUUUAUUGUAACGUAGGAAGGAUUACAAUCCUUGAAGAAUUCGUGACGGAAGUCAGACGAAAAUAGGAUUGCCAACGAUCUGAGUGACGUCACGCGAGGUAUUCUAAUGUAAGUGAACAGUGGUCAGUGAACGGUGUGAAGUUGUAAAUGAAAUUACUACAGGAAUAUCAUAGCAAUUGUUAUAUGUUGGAAAUCAGUUGCUUUGGUAACGAGAAUCAUAUUAUUCCGUAUUGUUAAAAUGCAAAGGAAGCGUCCCAGAUUCAGGACAUCAAAAUAAAUAGCAAAAUGCCAGUCGUAUCACCGUCUCGUUACACACCAACAUCUUCAACGCUCACCGGAUCCUAUCGAUCUACCCUCACAUCCUCGUCCAGCAUCGACAAGCCAUACUAUAGGAGUUCCAGCGGCACGUACGUCACGUCCACACUCAGAAGCAGCUACGGUGACAGAACCACAGAAUAUAGAUCGAGAUACAGCGAUGUGGACGGGAAGAGAGAGAGGAAGACGUCACUCGUAGAAUAUUCUAGAAGCUCCAGAGCACCGAGCGCUACCGACUCGGAUAGCGGUAUAUCCAGUCGUUAUAGAUCUGACAGAAGCGAAUCAAGAUCUAGAGAUGUUUCUACAACUAGAAGCGAGAGUUCAAGGAAUGAUAGGGGAAAGAGGAACAUAAUUAGCACAGCGGCGCUGGCUAUGUCGACAGCGGAGUUAUACAAUAAGUACAGUCCAGCGAAUUACGUGCCCCUGACGCAGAGGAUACAGCAGCAGAGUCAGAACAACUACAGCGAAAUAUCUAGAUCCAAAUCCAUAUCCAACGAUAUAGGAAGACCACCAGCACCGGAAUGCAGGGUCAGGAAACCGAGGAACUCAGCGGCGACUAUAUCAGAGAAACCGGAAAACAGAAGAUACAAGGACGGCUCGCCGACGCCGAGCUACAGCAAGAGAGCGUCCAUGACGAACGGGUCAAGGGACAGCAACGGGAACGAAGUGCCUUCCGUCAGUGACAUAAAGAAACGGUUCGAUCCUAAAAUGACCGUCACUAAACUACCAGCUAACGACGUCAGGUACACCAAGACCAUGGAGCAUUACCUGAACCAGCUGAAAGAAUGCGAGAACGGUGUCGGUUACGCGAAAACCAAUCCCAAAGACGAAAAACCAGUGCCUAUUCACUUGCCAUACGCUGAUAAGAAUGGUGUUAACAGAUAUGAAGGCUCCCCCACCUCCAGGAACAGCUCGAAUUCAGAUCUCACCAUCAGCAAGACGCUAUCUGAACCAGUUUCCUUAGCUAAAACUUCCGUAGAUAAGAAUAAUAUGAUGUCCUCGUCACUAACCACCAAGCUUCCAUCCGAACGACUAGCCAGCAUCAAGAGCCAAUUAGACCCGAACAAUCCGAUAGGUAAAAUAUUAGAAAAAUCAACAGUCAUCCAGGUUGAAAACGGCGAUGCAGAUUACAAUGAACGGAACAGGAUACGCUACAGUCCGGAAGUCAAAAUAAAAGAAUUGAAAAAUGACAUCGAGAAGCAAACGAAGACGCCAAAACAUACCACGAACUUCGCUUCGUACAUACAAAUAUCUCAACCGGUGGCGUCCGGAGCCACGCCAAAGAAACACCUCGAUGCCAACGAGGACGCCAAGAAAGAGAGGAAAUCAAUAAAAUACAUAGACUCAGAGGAGGAUAGACUAGUUCUAGAGAAUGAUAUAGAAUCUCCCAGCGGCACGGGCUUCGAGAACAAAACGUUCGAGCACGAGAACUUCAUAAAGAAGAGAACGGAGAAGAAUGAGACAGAAGACAAAGAAGACGGCAUCAAGUCGAUGGAAACUAGCACUGAGAGCACCAUCAGUGAGUCCACAGAGGACUCCAGUCCCGAAACGCCCUCUGCAAGAAGAAAUCUCCUCGACUUAAAGGACUAUGAUUACAUAAAGACGGAGUUGGCCGGCGGUAAAAGCGGUCCCAGCGGAUUACGACGCAGCCUCGAACGGGAAGUCAGCGAGAAAUCUGAGAAGUCCAGUCAGACGAGCGGUCUGAACGGCCUCAGGAACAUCGGCAACACCUGCUUCAUGAACAGCGUGCUCCAGUGCCUGUCGAACACUCGGCCGCUGUUGGAAUACCUCGUGGAUGACAAAUACAAUUCCGACAUUAACACUACACUGUCUUGUAUGAAAGGAGCGCUCAUUAAAGCGUUCGCUAGCGUGAUAAAGGAGCUGUGGCGCAGUGGGGACAGGGACUGCGUGGUGAACACCACCGCGCUCAAGUCGCAGGUGCAGCGGUUCGCGCCCAGGUUCAUGGGAUACAGCCAGCAGGACGCGCAGGAGUUCCUCCGUUAUCUGCUGGAAGGUCUGCACGAGGACGUGAACAGGGUCACCGUGAAGCCGAAGCCGAUACUCACAGAGAUAGAUGAUAGUCUCAGUGACUCUGCGAAGGCGGCUGAAGCUUGGAGUCGUUAUUUACGAACUGAGGAUUCUCGUGUGGGGGACAUCUUCGUCGGUCAGCUCAAGUCCACAUUAAGAUGCACCCACUGCCUGCAUGACAGUGUGACCUUUGACCCAUUUUGGGACCUCAGUCUGCCGAUCCCCUCUCGCACUGGCAAUUUAAAGCUGCAGCAGUGCUUGCAGCACUUCGUCCGGGAAGAAGAGCUGGACGGAGACGAGAAGCCGACGUGCUCCAAAUGCGGCGUCCGUCGCAAGUGCCUCAAAUGGUUCACAGUACACAAGUUCCCUCAAGUGCUGGUCCUACAUCUGAAGCGCUUCUCACCAACUGAACGCUUCCGCGGCAAGUUGUCUGUUGUGGUGGAGUUCCCUCUGUCUGGUCUCGACAUGUCACCGUUCGCUGCCUCGCCGACGCACGCCACGUACAACCUGUACGCGGUCAGCAACCAUUCAGGCACCACCUACUCCGGACACUACACAGCGUACUGCAAACAUCCCUACACCGGUGACUGGCAUGAGUACAACGACUCCAGGGUGACUCCCAUCCGGUCCCGUGACAUUGUCUCAGCGGAGGCUUAUGUUCUAUUCUACGAGCUGGCCACGUAGCCGAGGAGAUGUGCAGACAACUCUACGUCAGAAGUAUGCCUGGAGUUUAUGUUUAUUCAGAGUUAGUUAGUUUGUGGCGGACAGACAGACGAACGCAUUUAUCAUUUCGCCCUCAUCCGGAUGCAAGCAGACACAGGAGCUCCGCCAUAACGACAGCUAUCCAUACAUUGAUUACCAGUGCUUAUAUAUAUAUAUAUGUAUAUACAAAAGUAUCACAUACAGAUCAGAAUGCAACUAACUCGAUAUAUAUAUAUAUAUAUAUUUAUAUAGAUAAACUAUGAAAAGGAAAUGAUACGGCUUGUGCGUACAAGUUUUAUUUCAUUGAAAAGCAGUCGAAAUGCAGGUAGGUUAUAAAAUUAUUGUAAUAUUAUUUAUUUUUCUUCUUCAUCAUCAUUUAUCACACUUAUUUAAUAUAUAUUUUAUAGACUAAUGUUAAAUUUUCAAAUUUUAUUGCUACCCAUGUAUUUAAUGUACCAUAGUUUUGUAUGAGAUUGUUUAAAGAAUUCAUUAUGUAUGAAAAGAAGCCAUUUGAUUCGUUCGUAAUUAAAUUGUCUUAGAAUUUUUUAAUUUGAUAUUAAAAAUAUAUAUAUAUCUUUAUUUGUUAGGUAUUUUGAAUAUAAAUGAUCGAAAAAAAAUUAAAUACAAAAAAAAAAAACCAGGACAAUAUGAAAAUAUAUAACUCCAAUAUAAAGUAUGUACUACGGAUGUUUAAAAUUUUUAUUUUUCGCCGGUUUGUGUACUAUUGGUGAUGUAAUAAUAAAAAAAUAUUCUAUAUACAUCCGUCUCUUUCUAGAUCUUAGUGUUCGAUGACUAGAGGGAGACGGAAGAUGAAAUAUUUUUUAAUUAUUUAGUAUAAAAGAGUAAAAUCGUCCAAAGUUGUGACGCGAGCGACCUUGAGCUGUAGGGGCCGCGUUCGCGGAACGGCGCGAGUCGCUAAAUGAGCUUUGCCUGUUUGAAUUUUAUUUAUUAUUUAUUUAUUUUAUUACCUGUUGUUGGUAUGGAGGCGGCGCGCAUACGACGCGAGAUCGAUAUAAAUUAAUUUUCUAACUCUAUAGACAAAUGUAUGGGGAAUAUUUUUGUAUCUCGCCGGUGUUAUGCGCGGCGUCUCUAUAAUUGUUACUCGGCCCGCGGCCUGUGUUCAUCCCGCCGUUUUGGCGGCAAGCUUUGACAGCUGACAUUCUAGCAUCGACGUUUGACAGUGAUAGUCGUCACUGUCACUACUCGUGACAGCUGUCAGGGUGACGUCAUUCGGCCCAGUCAUUCGGCCGGGGCGCCUCACAAGAAUAAUAUUAGCCAAAGAUGUUAUCGCUAAAUUGUUGAAUCGCUGUAUUAAUAAUUAAUUUAUUAUUAUUAUUAUUAUUAUUAUUUUAAUGUGAGUCGGUUUGCGGGCGCGCCCACUAACUAUUGUGUAAAGUAACAGAUUUAUAUAAUAGAAUAUAUAUUGAGAUGAGUAAAUAAUUAUUAUA